ACUUUGAAAAACAGAUACUUGUAAAACAAUCUAGAUUUUAUCAACUCAAAAACAAUUUACUAUACAAAAAGAAUCAAAAAGAUCUAGACAAACCAAUUCGAGUAAUUAAAUGGAAUGAAGUAGAACUAGUCCUCUAUAUGAUACAUAGUCAUCCAACUGCUGGACACUUAGAAACUGAUGCUAUAACCAAGCGACAUGCAACUACAGGAUACAUACCUUUUCAAUUAGUAUAUGGACAACAAGCUAUACUACCUAUUGAAACUACUCUGCCAAUAGAACCACAAGAAACAGACCAAGAAAUAUCGUUAGAAAAUAGUAUCCUACAACGAGCAUUUGAAUUGAUAGAUGAGUUACUCUAUCAAUAUA